AUGAGUCCAGAACAUGGGAGGUUCGAUAUAUUUGUCCUAUUCUGCGAAUCAGUAACUGCCUUCCUUUUCAGGUUAGAACCAUUGUGUCAGGCAAGAGCAGCAACAAAGGAGAAGCGAAUGGGUAUAGAUAACCGCGAGACUCUCAUGACCAAUAAUAUUGAAGAGCAAGAGCUGAAUAGCAAGGCCAAUCGUUGCGUCCCUGCCCGUCCCUACACCUCCAACGACCCCUCACCCACUUCCUCCCCCGCCGGUACCUCCGCCAGCAACGCCUCCUCCUCCAGCAACGUGUCCUCCGCGCAGGAGGUGCAACAGCGUUGGCUGCGUCGGUGGUUGCCGCCGGGCCUUCCUUCGUCGCGCGUGUCGUCCAUCUGGGUGAACGUGACGCCGCACUUCCUGAACCCGGUCGUCGGCUUCCCGGUGCGGAGCAGCGCCGCCUGGGACCCGCUGCAGCUCGCCAACGCCAGCUUCUGGCAGGGCAGCGUGGUGUUCGACGGCGACGCUGUGGUGCGCCGCAACCCGCACACGGGCCGCGUGGCGCGCACCGCCCGCUACUGCGUGGAUUCCAUGCAGCACCCGGACGUGGCGUUCGCGCUGCUCCUGCACAGCUGGUGCGUGCCCACCGACUACGGGACGUUGAAGUGCUGCGACGUCGGGUUCGGGCUGGUGGCGCGCAACGGCUCGCUCAAGUGCGAGAGGCAGGCGGCCGACAGCCCGCGCUCCGCCAUUCGCUUUUCGUCUGUUAUGAAAUAUACUGAAUCGUGCAGGGAAAGUGUUCCGAUGCGGUGGGAUCCCGUCUCUCCCAAAGAAGCGAGCGAGACUGAUUUCUGCAUUAACCCUUACAAAGAGGAUUUUGUCUCUCAACGUAACUUUAAGAUUACUCUGAUUUAA